ACGGGCUGAGCCAUUACCCAGUAGUGCUUCUUCGAAUAAAGCAAGCGCGUUUCGUUUGCCUCCCAUCCCAAUAUCCCAUCCCAUGGUUGGCAUAUUUGCCAGUCUCAAGGCAGAAUUAAUGGUGCCACGCAUCACCAGCAUCUCAAUUGGCAUACACGCACACUUGGACUUGGGCACGUACGUAAUUCCAGAUCAUCGUGUUGCAGUUCCCGAUCGAUCGGCAUGGGCAACACGGGGCCGCCGAGGACGAGGACGAGGCCGUGGUGCAGCCACUGCGGCGCGGGGCUCGUGGUGCCGCCCGCUGGCGCUGGCGCGGGGUCGAGCAGCGUCCGGUGCGCGCUCUGCCACCGCGUGACGCGCAUCGAGCGGCAGUACCGCAGCGUGGGGGGCAACAGCAUGCUGUCGGCGCCCUCCGUCGACAGGCGCGAGCUGCCCGCCGCCGGCGCCGCCGCCGGCUACCCCGUGGCCCGUGGCAACAAGCGCGCCGUCCUCGUGGGCGUCAGUUACACGGGCACCGACUACGAGCUCAAGGGCACGGUCAACGACGUCAACUCCAUGAGGGGCCUCCUGUGCGACAAGUUUGGCUUCCCCAGCGACUGCAUCCUCAUCCUCACAGAGAAGAGCGAUGACCCGCGUAGGGUGCCGACGAAGGAGAAUCUGCUGGCUGCGAUGCGGUGGCUGGUGGCGGGGUGCGAGGCGGGCCACUCGCUGGUGUUCCACUUCUCCGGCCACGGCGUGCAGAAGCUUGACACGGACGGGGACGAGGUGGACGGCUACAACGAGGCGCUGUGCCCGCUGGACUUCGAGGACAAGGGCAAGAUCCUGGACGACGAGAUCAACGAGACCAUCGUCCGGCCGCUGGUCCAGGGCGUCAAGCUCCACGCCAUCAUCGACACCUGCCACAGCGGCACCAUCCUCGACCUCCCCUACCUCUGCCGAAUGUCCAGAACCGGCUACUGGCAGUGGGAGAACCACACCCGUCGGCCGGACAAGUGCAAGGGCACCAAGGGAGGCCUGGCGAUCUCGAUCAGCGGCUGCAACGACGACCAGAAGUCCGCAGACUCAAGUGGGUUCUCCGAUCAGUCCGCUUCCAUUGGCGCCAUGACGGACAGCUUCAUCAAGGCCGUGGGGUCGGAACCUGGCACGACGUACGGGCGGCUGCUGAGCGCGAUGAGGUCGACCAUCCGCGACGGCCAGGGCAGUGGCCGCCGUCUCCUCACCGGACGGUUCGGCUCCUUCGUCCGCAACAUGAUCGCUUCCAGCAGCGUGCAGGAGCCUCAGCUCUGCUCCUCCGAGGCCUUCGACAUCUACCGGAAGCCGUUCCUCCUCUGAGGCUCCAAUCCAUCACACCAUUCCCACACGUCCCAAAACAAGUUUACAGCCGCCACUAUAAUUCCGUCUAUGAAAAACAUAAUGUACUGCAGUGCAAUUAUAUUACUGAUGUUUAUAAGAAACAUAAUAAUAUA